AUGGAGAGGGUUAAGGUAGAUUUGAUACAGAGGUUAAAGUUUUACUCAAAUAUAACAUCAGGCACAGAAAAUUCAAAUAUGUUAAUCAUUAGGGAAAAUAAAGGUACAGGAAACAUAAAUGCAAAUAUAAGCCAACAUUUGGCUAAAUUAGAAAAAAAGAAUGAAGAUCUCAAAAUAAAUACAUUGAGAGAACAUGUGCAGCAAACAAGAAAAAAUAGCCCAGGUAAACUAGCAUCAAAUACCCACCAGAAGCUGACAAAUUCCAUGUCAACACAAGAAGCAAGUGUCUGGGCAGGUAGAAAUACUAUAAGACCAAACAAGCAAUGGCUACAGGAGGAUAUUAGUAACAACUAG